UAGUGUUGCACGAUGUACCGAUACUUCAAAAGCACCGCGAUUCUUGGAAAUUAAAAAUGUCACGAUUCCUAAAUUUAUUAGUAUCGAUACUUCUAGAAUGUCCGUGUUCCAUAUUUGUAAGAGACAUAUUUCAUGUUGGUGUGUGCAACGCACGCUCGAGUGCCUCCCUAUGGACGUCCGUGUUUUUUCUCCUCACGCACGCAGCAAGAGGCUGCACUGCUGCUGUCAUUUAACAAACACUACAGAGAGAUGGCUGCAUGUGCGAGUGAUACUGUGGCCGCCGGUCCACGGCUGGUUGAUAAAGAUGACGCGAGGAGUGAGAUAUGGAGGUACUUUGCCUACCUUGCUGACAGUGAGGGCAAAGCUACCGAUAUGUCGAGACCUGUUUGUCGUAAGUGCUACAAACAAUUGCAAACUAAGGGAGCCAACACCUCGAACCUGGCGAAACACUUGGCCGACAAGCACGCCGAGUUGCACAAGGAGUUUAAAGACCGACAGCGGUCUGCAGCUAUGGGCUCUGGAAGAGCAACUCCUCAAAGGCAGCAGCCAACCCAGCAGCCAACCCUCCAAGCUAUGUUUGAGCAGCACAACAAGUACCCCAGGGAGUCCAAGGAGGUAAAACGGCUUAACAGGGCAGUAGCAGAAUUCAUCUGUCUGGAUCAAGUGCCAGUUUAUAUAGUGGAAAAAGCUGGGUUUAGAAACCUUAUGCAAAAUCUCGACAAAAGGUAUGACGUCCCAUCCAGGAAUUUUUUCAUGUACAAUGAAAUUCCCAAGAUGUACAAUGAAACAAGAGCGAUAAUCAGUGCCCAACUUAGUCACACACCGAAUACAUUUUUCUCCUGCACCACUGAUCUCUGGACCAGCAGAACUGUGGACACUUACAUGGCAGUAACACUCCAGUUCAUUACACAGUCCUGGGAGAUGCAGUCCUGGUGUUUAGGGUGCUCUGCAUUGUAUUCUGAUCACACAGCCGACACUCUAAAGGAAACCCUGGAGGAAAUUAUCACAGAUUCCUGGGGGCUAGACAUGGCCAAUAUGGCUGGAAUGACAACAGAUAAUGCGUCAAACAACCGCAAAGCUUUCAGUGAAUACACCUGGAUACCCUGUUUCGGGCACAAUCUGCAUUUGGCAGUGAACAAAGCCAUAGAUAUUGAUCGUGUGGCAAGCUGUCUGUCCAGGCUCCGUAAGACUGUGUCAGGCUUCUCCAGAUCAAACAAGAUGUCUAGACUGUUCAAAGACAAACAAAAGUCUUUAAAACUGCCACAACAUACAUUAAUCCAUGAUGAGCCCACCCGAUGGGGUUCCACCUAUGACAUGGUGGAACGAUUUUGUGAGCAGCAGCAAGCUGUCUCUGCGGUUCUGGCUGAGGACCGGAAGAAGUGGCACCUGAUGCCCAGAGACACAGACAUGACCACUAUAGAAAUAGUGAGGGAUGUCUUGGCUCCACUCAGUGACUUCACUGAUGCCCUGAGUGGAGAGAAAGAAACCACCAUAUCAUCAGUCCUGCCACUGAUGUGGAAAAUCAAAGCCUGCCUAAUAGAAGAGGAAGGCGACCGCCCCUUGGCCAUAGAAAUGAAGAACAAAAUUAGAGGAGAUUUUGAGAAAAGGUACGAUGACCACAACCUGCAGAUGACCCUAAACACCUCUACGUUCCUUGAUCCGAGAUUUAAAGAUACUUUUGUAACAAUGGAGGAGGAUAUCAAGAGGGAGCUGCUCCUUAAAUCUGAGGCCGUUCAGCUUCCACCCCACAGUCCAGUGGACCCUAGAGGAACAGGUGCUGCACCAAAGAGGAAUAAGAGAGACUUAAAAAGUUUGCUCUGCACCAUAACCACAGAGAAGAAAGGGGCAGAUAAUUCUGAAACGAGGCACCAUUCUCCCACACCUGCAACACCCACAGAUAGACGACUAAAUGUUGAGUUUCUUGAAUACAAACAAUUGAGAGAAAUCAGCCCUGCAGAGGAUCCCCUGGCCUGGUGGAGUCAACAUGAGGCACAACUGCCCAUCCUGGCACACUUUGCAAAGAACUAUCUUUGCAUUGCAGCAUCAAGUUGUGCUUCAGAGCGAGUCUUCAGCACAUCUGGAAAUAUCUGUAGCCCAAGACGUUCCAGGCUGACUGAAGAACAUUUAGACAUGCUAGUGUUCUUGGCCAAGAACUUAAAUAAGUGUAAGAAAUGAAUAUCUGCUGGCCAUUCUAGGGCUAAUGCUCUUAAGAGACUCAGUUUUGAGUAUAAGAGAUGCUGCAGCUAAAUUGUAUUUGUUUUUUUAAACUCAGUUGUGAGUAUAAGAGAUGAUGCAGCUAAAUUUUAUUUGUUUUUUUAAACUCAGUUGUGAGUAUAAGAGAUGAUGCAGCUAAAUUGUAUUUGUUUUUUUAAACUCAGUUGUGAGUAUAAGAGAUGAUGCAGCUAAAUUUUAUUUGUUUUUUUAAACUCAGUUGUGAGUAUAAGAGAUAAUGCAGCUACAUUUUAUUUGUUUUUUUAAAUUGAAUGCCAUUGCUUUAAUUUGUUAUUUAUGUUUAUUACUGGUAACGCUUGUGUUUCUUAUGACUGAGAUAAUGCUGCUAAAUUUAUUUAUUUUUUUACCUUGAGUGUCAUUGCUCUAAUUUAUUUUUUAUAUUUUGAUAUUUCAUAUUUUGUUCAAAUGUUUAAUAUAUCUGCUGUUCAUAUGUUCAUUUAUUAGUGUGUUAUGAUAAGAAUGUUGCCCCAGUUUUAAAAUAAAGCACAUCAAUGAUA